GGCACCGGCGGAGCGUUGAGGGAGAGGCGAGCUGCAGACGGGCCUCGGGCGGCGAGAGGCGGGCUGCGCUUCUGUCCGUCCGUUCGUGUCUCCUCCCCCAGCCCUUCCGUUAUCUCGGCCGUGCCAUAACAGCGGAAGGAUCGUGUUUCCUCGUGCGGUUUGCGCGAGCAGCAGCUGCUAAGCGAAGGACGUGCUGCUCGGCCGGGCUGGAAGCGAGGCGUUGCCGAGCGUGCCGUUUAGGUCGUCUGCUGCGGCCUAUUGAACAGCCGAGAAAGCAGGAAUUUCCCCUGGAGCGCUCUAGUUUUCUACGGGUGACGAUUUUAUUUAAGGACUGUUAUGUGACAACUUAAAAUUUUCAUAUGAAACUUGAAAAUGGCUUCAAGAGGAACAACAGAGACCAGUAAACUGAAACAAAACUUGGAAGAGCAGUUGGACAGGCUAAUGCAGCAACUUCAAGAUCUGGAGGAAUGCAGAGAGGAGCUAGAUGCAGAUGAGUAUGAAGAAACCAAGAAAGAAACUCUAGAACAGCUGAGUGAGAUCAAUGACUCACUGAAGAAGAUUAUGUCUGGAGAUAUGACGUUGGUGGAUGAGCUCAGUGGCAUGCAACUGGCAAUACAGGCAGCCAUCAGCCAAGCAUUUAAAACUCCAGAAGUAAUUAGAAUGUUUGCAAAGAAACAACCAAGGCAAUUGAGGACAAGGUUGGCAGAGAUGGACCGAGACCUAAUGGUCGGGAAGUUGGGACGAGACCUGUACACACAACAGAAAGUUGAAAUCCUGACUGCCCUCAGGAAGCUCGGUGAGAAGCUGACACAAGAGGAUGAAACCUUCUUGUCAGCAAAUGCAGGUGCAGCCCUGAGCCAGUUUGAGAAAGUCUCCUCUGACCUCGGAUCAGGAGACAAAGUCUUCGCUCUAGCAAACUUUGAAGUAGAGAAGGCAAAGCAAUGAAGAGAUGUGUGAGACCUGUGAGACUCGAGUCUCUCCUGUUGUCAGCAGAAUUGGACUUUGGUCAUAUUGUAAUAGUUUGGUUUUUUUUUUUUUCUAUUUUUAAGAUGUUGCAAAAAAACUAACAGCCCAUCACCAAACCUUAAGCCUCUUGGGUUCUUAAGCAGAAGAUAUGAAGUAAGCAGCCUUAAAGUGCACUUUGGAACAUUGGUGUCUGCGUACCCCUCAGUAACAUAAGUUCUGAGGUUAAACACUAAGUGGUACUCUGAAAACAAAACCUUCUUAUGACUGUCUUUGAAAAGAAUCAGCUAUUUUCAACUGUUCUGAAAGUGUAUUUCUCUAACUAUUAAAACAUACUCUUUUUGCAUAUUGUUGUAACAGGCAAUCUUUUUCAGGAGCAAUCCUAAAGAGUAAGUUGUUUUGGGGGUGAUUAUUGUAAUGGCUCUCAAACUCUUAAAUUUCAUUCAGGCUCCCUACUAAGUAUUAUACACUAGGAAUUUGCAUAUUUGAAAAUUUGACGUGGUUUAUUUGAAAUGCCAUCUUUCUACAAACUGUUUGCAGAAGAACCAAAAUGAGACUGUAUGCUGAUGGUUGGCCCUUGUCUACUUGUUUGCUGUGCACAUGAAUGAGUGCCAUUGUGUCCCGGCCGUGAUUGACAAACAAUGGAAGCCCUGUGGGGAGACUUCUGGAGUAAUUUAACCUCUUGUAUUGAAAUGACGGGGCAUUGCUAGGAAAUGGCAAUGAGAAAGCCCUUUCUGUUGACCUCUUACUUGAGCUCUGGGUAUAGAACUGUGUGCUACCGUUAUUUCCCAGGAUUUCUGAGGUAGCACAGAAUAGCAACGAAGUAGAAACAAGUUUAAAAAAAAGAAAAGGGGAGAAAGGUCUCAUUACAUAAUUGGUGCAAGUGUAGCUGUCUAAUUACCAGGUGCUGCUGCUGUGCAGAGGGGGAGGUCAGUGCCUCCACAGGGAGGUUAAAACCCUGAAUCAUUUCAGAGCAUAGGAGGAUUUAAAAUCUGGUCACAUGUUUAGCUCUGAUUGUGGAAAAUACUACUUGGGGCUUUAGAUCUGUUUGACUUUUUGAGAAAUUAUGUUUCGUAUUUCUUUGUGAAAUCAGUAUGAAAUAUCUUUGAUAUCUUUUUCUUGCUGUACUGGCACCUUCACAUUGUCAUUCCAUACUUGUUAGUACUGAAUUAGUUGAGCUCACUGGAAGCCUCAGAUUUUUUAGGUUUUGUAGUUUGCAUUUCAAGCUUGCUUUACCCUUGGCAUACAUUCAGGUACUGAUCUAAUUUUAUCAGGAAAAACAACAAGAUGUUUCUUAAUUGAACUUCAUACUUGUUCUCCUUAUUCUGCCCUACCAGUAGCUAGAGAAAAGGACAUAGAUGGGAUCUAUAGGGAUGAAGGUGACCUGCUGUUCUGAGGAAUCCUGUAGUUAAUAUAGUGGAAUUACUGUGUGAGUAUCACAGGCUUUUCUGCAAGACCCUGAGCCUCAGUGAGAACUGCCAUUAAACCAAGUGGAAUGAAUGAAGUCUUAAAUUUCAAUGGCCCACUGCAAUGUUAAUGUCUGUCACUUAGAAUAAGUGGGUAACGUGAACUAUAAACAGAAAAUUAAUAUGAUCAGUCUUAAUUUAGAUGGCAUUUACAGGGGAUGAGUACAUUGUAAAUAAGUUGGUCUAAUUGUAAGUUAGGACCUGGAGUAAAGUAAACCAGCAAAAUGGGAGUUUUAGAAUACUUUUGCUGAAAUAGAUAACAUUUUGAAAUCUAGUCUUUCAGAAGUGGAAGAAUGCGCAGUAUGGGCUGCACAAUUUGCCUCUUGCACUAAUGGUUUUCUCAUUUCUGUUUUUUAAGAAACUUCUGUUUAGAUGGGGGUCUUUUGUGCAUCAUAUCAGAAUUGUUUUCCUGUCUGGGGCAGCAUUAUCUUCUCUGACAAAGGCUGACUGCAGCUUUAUAGCUGAGAACAGCUUAUUAAAGGUGUUAUUAGACAGUCUAAAGAUAUUAAAAACAAAACAGUCCAUGGGGACUGUGGCUGCCUUCUUUUUUUUUCUGCUCAUUACUGGUGCUAAGUAACUCUUUUCCCUCUCCCAAACUGCUUGCAGCAUUAGCAUGUAAAUGAAAUCUCUCAGCAAUCCCCUAGAUCACAAUAAGUUUACUGUGCAAUUAAAUGGAAAUCUUUCCUUGCAGUUUAAGGGAGGUGUACGUUUCUAGACAAAACUUUUAAAAUUGAUUUGCAAACACUUGAGCUUUUUUUUUUUUUUUUUCCCAAACUUCCCAUACUGCAGGCAGUUGUAGAAUUGCCAUUAAACUGAUCUUUGACUCAGUACCAUCUUAAUGUUGUGCUGCUUCUCCUCUUGAAAAGAUCCCUUGUGAUUUAGGUGGGCAAAGAUGAGGCAGAGGGAAGACGAUUGAAAGAUUCAGUUUACCCAGUCAAACUUCCCUUCCAGAAAGCACAGCUCUAACCCAGAGGCUGGUUAUUUCCUGUGGGAUGUUUGGGCUAUAAAUGUAAUUUAACCAGGAAGGUGUUGCCAGUAUGAGGCUAUUUAUAUGUUGGCUGGCCCUAGCAGAUAGUUCUUUAAGGUAACCUGCUUGAAGUGGUUAAAUGAAUGUCAGAGGUGUAGAAAGGUAAUUGGUGUGCUAUGCUGAAGAUACAGCCAAAUAAUUCUGAGAUGUACCUCCAUCAGUGUAUCUGAUGUUUCUCCAGGGGCUGGAAAAAAAAGUGUUCUAUUUAUUAUAAUAAUCAUUUGCUCAAAUAAAAAUUGGUGACAAAAGAAAA